UGUUUGCAGCCAAUUGACGAUGACUCGGCUCUUGCUUCAAAACAUGUCGCCGAUGAAGCUGUGUGUUCCAGGAGAGAGGCUCUGCAGCACCGACGAUUGCAUACCCGGAACGGGCACGUACCUACGACACGGCUAUGUCUUCUCCUCUCUCGCGGGCUACGUGCUUAGAAGGAACGAAGGCGAGGAGUUACCUGUCAUCUCCGUCGUUAAAGAAACAGAAAGGAAGCUACUACCCGAUGUCGGUGCUAUAGUAACAUGCAAGGUGACCAGUAUUAACCCCAGGUUCGCAAAAGUACACAUCCUCUAUGUUGGAUCCACGCCACUAAAAGAUCGGUUCAGAGGAACCAUAAGGAAAGAAGACGUGAGAGCAACAGAAAAAGACAAGGUUGAAACGUACAAAUGCUUCCGUCCCGGUGACAUCGUCCUUGCAAAAGUCAUCUCCCUCGGUGAUGUGCAGUCCAACUAUCUCCUGACGACAGCAGAGAACGAGCUGGGAGUGGUGGUGGCCCACAGCGAAGCAGGUGCCCAGAUGGUGCCCAUCAGUUGGUGCGAGAUGCAGUGCCCGCGCACCCACGCCAAGGAGUUCCGCAAGGUGGCCCGGGUGCAGUGCGAGUACCUCCAGGCAUGAGGAGGAACCGCGGCGACCGCACCCCCACCACACCCCCAGGAACACACAGCUUCCCAGGAACACACAGCUUCUCUUACCAACACCACCAUCAGAAAGGCAGCAGAGCAGCUGUGCAAUGGGGGUAAUUCCAAGAACAUGGUUAAGUGAUAAACCUGGUUUAAGUUAACCUGCAGGAAGUAGUUAACUUGCUAAUAGAUGGGCUGGUGGUAUCAUUUAGAUGUAACAGAGACAUUGGAGAAGGUCGAGAUGAAUCAAGCCCAUACUUUUCUGAGGUCAAUGUGACGGAAGGGGAACGCCCCUUUAGGAGACUUGAUGUUGAGAACAAAUGGAGUUCCUUUAGCUUCAUAGAUGGCGGUAGCAUGCACCUUCUGCCAGCCACCACCAAAAGCCACAGAAAGAGAAGAAGGCCCUCUUAGGAGACCGAACUUAAGCACAGUCUUUUGCAUCGGAUAGGUGAAGUUUGAUUUAUCGCACUAUACUAGAAAAUCUUGGGUUGAAACAAGGACUCCAGGCUGUUCCAUUAGAUGGUUGACCACUACCUCCAGGUUCACUUUAACCUUGUUUACUACUGAACCAGCUUCUUGGAAUACCACCCAGUCUUAUGAGCCACACGUCAGAAGGGUUAGACAGUAUGUGUCAGGCAGGCCUGGUGCUUUCUGACAGUCCUUUUGAUGUGACGAAAACAAUGUCAUUGAGAAUUGCUGCCCAUUUCAAAAAUAGUUGUACUGCUCAUGCUACCCUUGACUUGUCAGUGUUUGACGAUGUAGAAUUUUUUCAAGAUACUUUGAGAUACUGACAAUACUUAAAAAAAAACCUCAAUAUACUCCAUUUCUCAUCCCAAAAGUUAUGCAACAUCAGCAGGCCCCUAACAACUCAGCAAUAACUUUUGGGAUAUUUGGAGUGUGUUGAUUUUUUCUUUUUUUUAAGAUGUAAACAAAACAUGCCCCUACUAGAAUGGCCAGGAUCUCAGAAUUAAAAAAAAUGCCCCAUUGUUGGGUGCUGACAAGUCAAGUAUAGUGUUAACAAUACAAUUGUCUGAGUGUUGAUAUUGGCAGGAAUUCUUCUUUCAAACAUCAAGGCAAAACUAAACCAGUCGGCGCAAGAUUUUGAAGUUCAAGGAAAAAAGACAAGUAACAAAUCGACGUGAUUGCAACGUUUUCUUGUUUUUUAGACCUCAAAGCAUGAUCUUAAGAUUGGGAUUUGUUUUUUACUGUCACUUUAUUUUUUUCUUACGUUUGUCUUAACUUUUGCUUUUUUUUACUACUUCAGUUUCCUUUUCCAAUGUAUUAAGAGGUCAUGUGCAUUUUUGGUUAUAAAUAAAGGGAUAUGUCUCUUGGUAACCAAA